AUGAUGUUUAUUGACGAGAAUAUGAAGCUGGCAAAAUCGUCACCUGACCAAACGUUUUGCAGCCCCAAAAACGCUCAGCUAAAAGCCAUUUUGGACAAGGCACUUGCAUGCGCAGCCAUACACGAAGAACUGCACAAAACUCUGCUUAGCAAGAUAGAUAUAAUUGUAGAACACUCAAUUGCACUUCAAGAACAGAACAGCACUCUUACUGAGGAGCUCUGCAUUGCAAAUGAGCAUGUAGAGUUCCUACACAACCAACUACAGCUUCAGGUACAAGUACCUGGUGCUUCAACCUUCACUACUACCACUCUCCCACCUACAGAGAUUGCUCCUGUUGAGAAUUUCUUAGCUGAAACCUCUGCCCAUGGUCCUGUCACCAUCUCCACACCCUCACCCACCACAUUUUUGGCUGCUGCCAAGAAGGCAAUAGGAAAGAGAUCCAGCCAGACCAAGCUCACCACUGCUCAAGCUACCCAUGCCCUGCAACCUGAAAGUGGACCAUCUGCAUAUGCAUUUGUAUACCUGCCCUGCCACCACCACCUCAAGUACUCCCAAAAUGCAGCACUCUCUCCCUCUGUGCAUAACGACUUCAAGGACAAGAUUACCCAGCUCUUCGCAGACAUUGGCGUGUCUAUGAAGACAGAUUUUGAUCCCUUGGACCAUCAGAUCAUUGCUGACCUGGCACAUGCCCACAAACCCGUGCAGGACUGCCAACAGCUUGCAUACAAGCUACACCACCAACAUCUUCUUGCUCUCUGUCUUUGCCUCCCUGCCCCACUGGACAAAAGUGUCAUGAGGCACUUUUGUACAGUGGAAAGUAGCUCUAUUCGCCUCCCUUUAGUCUGCCUUGAGCAGUAUCUGGAAGAUCAAAACCUUCCAUCUGGCCCCCAAGCCAGUGCCAUUGACACUGCUACUGCCAUGUUCUCUUGGGUCGCCACGAUGCUAAAAUGCGCAAGGCUUAGACAAACCCACAAUAAAAAAUAUUUUCACCUCUCACCUGUCCACCCUUAUUACCAAAUAUCUCUUUUGCAUAAAGAAUACAGACACACAAAGUUGGUGCCAAACGCAGAAUUAACUGAAAAUAACCCUCCCAUCACAAACCAUUCACUAACACACCAGAACAACCUGUUCAACAACAUACAAAUGGCCUUAAUACGCUUAGAAACCGUGCCAUGGGCCCAAGAACAAAGCAUAUUGUACACAAUCUUUAAGUUUACUGCUACAGAAAUCGACACCUGCAACAUCCCUGGAGACCAACUUGCUACCUGA